UGCAUGCAUAGGAUACUGAUAUAUUGAUAAUGUGCAGGGGAUCCGACUUUCGAACUUUGAAGCUUCGUUCAUUCACUGAUUCAGAACAGAAAGAAGAUCGGAAAACGCCCACUUCCCGGCAAAGAAGCAUUAAAAAAACCAAGAUAGAAGCAAUUGAAAAGAUGCCGAUAACUCAGGAAGAUUUUGGACACACCAAAGAUGGCCGCCUGGUGGUCAGAUACACACUCAGCAACAAGAAUGGCAUGGUAGUCAAGAUCAUUAAUUUUGGCGCCGCCAUCACGUCCAUUGAGAUGCCGGACAAAGCUGGCAACAUUGCCGAUGUGGUGUUGGGCCAUGAUAAACUGGAAGGUUAUGAAAAUGGUCGCUUCUAUUUUGGGAUAGUCGCGGGCCGCCAUGCAAACCGAAUUGCAAAAGGACGAUUUGUGAUCGACGGUAAAGAAUACCAGUUGGAAACGAACAAUGGACCAAAUCAUCUGCACGGUGGCUUCAAAGGAUUCGGAGUGAUGCUGUGGAAUGCCUCAGUGGAGGGAACAACCCUCCAACUAACACACAUUAGUCCGGAUGGGGAGCAGAGCUACCCUGGCGAGCUGACCGCUGAGGUUACAUACGAACUGACCGAUGAGAACAUUCUGAAUGUCGUCUACUCGGCCGUUACUACCGCACCAACGCCUAUUAAUCUGACCAACCAUUCCUACUUCAACCUAGCCGGCCAUAAUGGUGGCACAAUAAAUCAGCACAGAAUCAGGAUCGAUGCCGACCGUUACAUUCCAGUAAAUGAGGAGCUCAUUCCAUCAGGUGAAAUGGCUUCUGUCCAGGACACCGUCUUUGAUCUGAGGGAGCAGGUGGAGCUGAAUGAUCGCAUUAAGGAUGCCCCUAAGGGUGGCAUCGACCACAGCUUCUGUCUCAACUCUCCUGCCCUGGACAAGCCUUCAAUCAAGCUCGUAGAUCCAGCCAGUGGCCGCUCCUUGGAUGUCUCCACCACUCAGCCGGGAGUGCACUUCUACACCGGUAACUUCCUGGAUGGUUCCACUGCUGGCAAGGAGGGAGUCUGCUACCCGAGAAAUGGCGGCUUGUGCCUGGAGACGGGCAACUUUCCGGAUGCUAUCAAUCAUGAUAACUUCCCAAAAGCUAUUUUGAGGCCCGGGGAGAAGUACCUACAAGCAACAGCUUUCAAGUUCAGCUGGUAGAUAAGGUGCAGUCAUCCAAUCAGUGAAGAGCAAGAUGACGAUGGGUCCAAGCAUCGGCUUCUUAAACAUGUCUUAAAAACAUGAGAUGUUUUUUUUCUGAAGAUACUUAAAAACGCAUUCCCCGUGCUAUUUUCGAGUUUCACAUCAAAAAUUAGAUUUGUUUUUGUUUUUUUCAAUUGCUAUGUUCCAAGCAUUAAAUAGUUAUUCAUUCUUGAAUAAGUGAAUGACUUUUGUAUUGCUAGAAAAAUAGCAAUUUAGAAAAGAAAUCUAUUUCCCAGGAUGAAACAUGAAAAUAGCCUGAGGAAUGCAGUUUUAUGUGAUGUACUUUAAAAUCCAUUGAAUAGUGUUAUUUAGUCAGAAGUUAUGGGUUCUAUGCACAAGUGCCCCCUCGACAGUUCAGGAAGGGAGAGUUGGCAGAGACCACUUGGAGUAACAUUUGAACGCCGGACGGUGCUUGACGCUCAUGCGAAGACUCUAUGGCUUCGUGCACAUUCAGAAUAAAAUAAGCCAUGCGUACUUUGCGCCAUACGUGUGCGAACCAGUACGCCCACGCGGUGUGUCCAGUCCAAGGGGCAAGCGCCCUCUCUCGUUGGCGCACGGAGCCCAUAAGGCAAUUUUUUUUAGAAUAAGGGAUCGCAUGAUUGCAUAGAAUAUCCAGUUUAUUCAAGGCUUAGUUGACUUUCCCUCGCUACCUGGCAAAUUCAACAAGGCCAGCCCAGCAGUCAAAAUCAAUCAAGUGACUGUUGUUAACAGUUAAGAGCUCCCAGCCGAUUCACUGGCUGUGACUGUUUAUGUAACUUGGUACAGCUGUGCUUUGACUGUACAUGUUGGUGAUUGAUAAGCCAGCUGUGCCUACCGCUUGUCCGCUUUUGUCUCUUGACUGAAUUUGACUAGUCAUCUAGUUUGAAAUGUCAUCUGACUGUUUGUGACUAGCCCGUGUUUUAAGGCAUGGCAGGGGCGGAGGAUCAAUUUUUGACCGUCUGUGACU